AUGGAAAAAUCCCCUCCUCUCAGUUCAUCAUCCUCAUCCUGUUCAAGCUCAACUUCUCCUUCUCUUCCCUUGCCUCGUAAUAGUAAUGACAAUAUUGAGAGGCCAAAGCGCAAGAGAGAGCCCAACCCUAUGCUUGCUAAUGGCAAGAGGAGCUCUAUAUAUAGAGGGGUCACUAGGCAUAGAUGGACAGGUAGAUAUGAAGCCCACCUUUGGGACAAGGGUUGGAACCCCCUUCAAAACAAAAAAGGGAGGCAAGGAGGAUACGAUGAAGAGGAGGCAGCUGCUCGAACCUAUGAUCUUGCCGCGCUUAAGUACUGGGGCCUACAAGCCACCCUCAACUUCCCUGCUGAGAAUUAUGUAAAAGAGUACGCAGAGAUGCAGAAAAUGUCCAAGGAAGAGUACUUGGCUUCCCUUAGGCGUAAAAGCAAUGGCUUCUCACGCGGGCUCUCGAAAUAUCGAGGUGUUGCAAGGCAUCACCAAAAUGGACGAUGGGAAGCAAGGAUUGGUCGCGUUGUGGGACAAAAGUACCUAUAUUUGGGAACUUAUAGCACUGAGGAAGAAGCUGCAAGAGCCUACGACAUUGCAGCUAUACACUACAGAGGCCACUACGCAGUUACCAACUUCGAUAUCAGCAGCUACGUCGAUACUCCCAAGGCAUCGCCACAGCACCAAUCCCAACCUCAGCCUCAGCCACAGGUAAAGCCUGAGCCGAACGCAAACACAAUCCCCUUCGGCAUCCCCUUGGAUUCUGGCAAUCAAUCUGCGACGAAUGCUGGAGCUGUACAACAUCCAUGGAUGCCUGGCUCCGACAAUGGUGUUGACGGUGGAGAGAAGGCGACGGACUUGUUUGAUUUCUUUAAUAACCCUGGGUUUGAGGACAACGUUGAGAACCUUUUCUAAGGACUGCAGUCGUUGCGGUUGCAGUAAGCGAGUAUAGAGUGGUACUGAGUGUGUCUUGUGGGGAUUUGAUCGAAUUCAGCAUUUACUUUGAUUAGUGUUAUAGUUUCUCUUUUGAAUGUUUAACUCUCAUGAUGUA